UAACAAAUGUGUACGUCCUGUGCGCGCACUGCGCAACGUUGUCGAGCACCCGCAAAGUAUACCAGUUCCGGUUUCUCCUUCUUUCCUAGCUUUCCGUACCAGCUCUUGGUCUCCAUUUUUUUCAGUCUCUUAGCUUAAACAUGGGGAACGGCGCCAAAGCUGCACAAAAGCGUGAACGCAAUGCUGCAAAAAGCUCAGACAAAGGUCCUACAAGUAGGACCAAGGUUAACGAAGCGGCAAAGAACAUUGUUUGCCAGACUUGCAGACAGACCUUCCUGCUAACUACCCGUGCACCAGCACUAGAGGAGCACGCCCAGAACAAGCACACGAAAACAUUAGCAGAGUGUUUCCCGAACUUUACCAAGUAG